CCUUCCAUUCUCCUGUUAAAGAAGCACCCCCCAGGCUCCUUCUGCCUGUGUGAUUGGCCAGCAGGGGGUGGUGAUAACUUUCUAGCCACUUCUCACACUCUGUGAGAAUGACGUCCAUGUUUUGCUCCAGCUCAUCCCAGCCUGGCAUGGGACAGGGAAGAGAAAUGGCUGCAGUGGAGCCAACUCAGGUGCCGGUGACCUUCGAGGAGGUGGCUGUGUAUUUCACCAGAGAAGAGUGGACUCUGCUGGACCCCACUCAGAGAGCCCUCUACUGGGAUGUCAUGCAGCAGAACUGCAAGAAUGUGACCUUGCUGGUAUCACCCCAAUAUGCCAGUGACACACACACACUACCAGAGACCCUCCCAUGCUGCAUAACACUUUGGGAACAGAGCACAGGAGCAGUAUCACACAAUGUCAAAUAUCUCCUCUUUACUCAAGUAAAACUGGGGGUUAGGUCCAGCAUAAUGAAUAGAAGCUUCCUACCCCCGGUCUUCUCUCAAUCCCUGAGCCUUCUCUACCCAAACCAGAAUGUGCUUGGGGUGUAACAAGCAGGAGGCUGGAGUCACAGCUGCCGGUCCAGGGUUACUUAUCAUACAGACACUCAAUGCGUCCUUGAAUGCUGGCUGGGAGUAUCCAGACAGGGUAGCUCCAGCAGCAGAACACUGAAUCUCACCCAGGAUUACAGAUGACACAACUCCUCACUGAUCUGGAUUGCACUCCAGC